AUGGACGGUCUAACGGACGAAGUUAUUCUUGAGAAGGUGAAAGAAAGACUGUCAUGUUUUGAUUUGACUCAAGCCGACUAUGCAAAAAUCAGGGCAAAGAUGAAUGAUGCAAUGUUACGCGGUCUUAAUUUGGGAACUCGGGACAAAGCGUCGGUUAAAAUGUAUCCCUCAUUCGUUACUAAACUUCCUAAUGGAACAGGUAAAACGAAGCUUUUCAUUUAUUCUCGUAGAGGCGAAGAGCUCUUCGACUACAUAGCUACCACACUUAAGAACUUUCUGCAGCGUUUUGGUAUUGCUGACAAGGAAAUGAAACUCGGUUUCACGUUCUCUUUUCCUUGUGAACAACAUGGAUUAAACAAAGCGAUCCUUGUGCGUUGGACGAAAGGUUUUGAUGCCAGCGACGUCGUGGGGAAGGAUGUUGCUCACCUUCUGCAAAAGGCUAUCGAUAAAACGGGCCUCAAAAUCCACUGUGUGGCUGUCGUUAAUGAUACCGUCGGUACAUUGGCCUCCUGUGCACUCGAAGAUCGAAAAUGUGCCGUCGGUUUGAUAGUCGGAACUGGGACAAACGCAGCCUACAUUGAGAAGUCCGAAAAUGUCCCCUCUAUGCAUAAAAUACUGGCUUCGAGAAAUAGUCCUCCCGUAACAGACGAAAACGUCAUAAUUAACAUGGAAUGGGGGGCCUUCGGUGAAGAGGGUGAUUUAGCUCCUUAUUUAACUUCCUACGACAAACUCCUGGACAAAGGAAGUCUUCAUCCUGGAAAGCAAAUUUUUGAAAAAAUGGUCUCUGGAAUGUAUCUGGGGGAACUCGUUCGCUUGAUUAUUCUUGAUCUCGUGGACCAAAAACUACUCUUUAGAGGGGACUUGCCAGAUUCUCUCAAGACCUUGCAUUCGUUUCCGACAAAAUAUAUUACUGAAACUGAAAGAGACCCACCACAUCUGUUCUAUAGUACGCACUACAUGUUGACGGAAGACUUAAACGUCCCAAUCGUGGAGCCCGUGGACGAUCGGGUAGUUCGCUACGCUUGCGAGCUUGUUGCCCGGCGCGCAGCAUAUCUUGCGGGAGCAGGUACUUUCGAAACCGAUCCUUUCCCUUUAAGAUUCCGUCUAUUUCAUGUGUCCAGAAAUGACAGGAGGCUUUUGCAGACGUCCUUACUCAUGCCCCUUAUUUUGCUUCGGUCUGUCAGUCUGUCGUCACGGCAAAUGCGACUUUUAGUCUUCCGUUUGAGGUUAUCCGAAGACGGCAGCGGCAAGGGAGCUGCUGCCAUUGCAGCUGCUGCGACCCGAACAUCCUGA